GUGGUCAAGACAGGAAAAUGGCUGCCAGCUCUUCUGUAGUCCCGGUGUCAGUGUCGGCUGCCGUGGUCCCCGCCCUGUCAUCGAGCGGCGAUUUCUCAAAUUUGCGGGAAAUUAAAAAGCAGCUGCUACUUAUCGCGGGCCUUACCCGGGAGCGGGGCCUACUGCACAGUAGCAAAUGGUCUGCGGAGUUGGCCUUCUCCCUCCCGGCGUUGCCUCUGUCCGAGCUGCAGCCGCCGCCGCCUAUUACAGAGGAGGAUGCUCAGGAUAUGGAUGCUUACACCCUGGCCAAGGCCUACUUUGACGUUAAAGAGUAUGAUCGGGCAGCACAUUUCCUGCAUGGCUGCAAUAGCAAGAAAGCCUAUUUCCUGUACAUGUAUUCUAGAUAUCUGUCUGGAGAAAAGAAGAAGGAUGAUGAAACAGUUGACAGCCUAGGCCCACUGGAGAAAGGUCAAGUGAAAAAUGAGGCUCUCAGAGAAUUGAGAGUGGAGCUCAGCAAAAAACACCAGGCUCGGGAGCUUGAUGGAUUUGGCCUUUAUCUGUAUGGUGUGGUGCUUCGAAAGCUGGACUUGGUGAAAGAGGCCAUUGAUGUGUUUGUGGAGGCUACUCAUGUUUUGCCUUUGCAUUGGGGAGCCUGGCUAGAGCUCUGUAACUUGAUUACAGACAAGGAGAUGCUGAAGUUCCUGUCUUUGCCAGACACCUGGAUGAAAGAGUUUUUUCUGGCUCAUAUAUACACAGAGUUGCAGUUGAUAGAGGAGGCCCUGCAAAAGUAUCAGAAUCUCAUUGAUGUGGGCUUCUCUAAGAGCUCAUAUAUUGUUUCCCAAAUUGCAGUUGCCUAUCACAAUAUCAGAGAUAUCGACAAAGCCCUCUCUAUUUUUAAUGAGCUAAGGAAACAAGACCCUUACAGGAUUGAAAAUAUGGACACAUUCUCCAACCUUCUUUAUGUCAGGAGCAUGAAAUCUGAGUUGAGUUAUCUGGCUCACAACCUCUGUGAGAUUGAUAAAUAUCGUGUAGAAACAUGCUGUGUAAUUGGCAAUUAUUAUAGUUUGCGUUCUCAGCAUGAGAAAGCAGCCUUGUAUUUCCAGAGAGCACUGAAAUUGAAUCCUCGGUAUCUUGGUGCCUGGACGCUGAUGGGACAUGAGUACAUGGAAAUGAAGAACACAUCUGCUGCUAUUCAGGCUUAUAGGCAUGCUAUUGAGGUCAAUAAGCGGGACUACAGAGCCUGGUAUGGCCUUGGGCAGACCUAUGAAAUCCUUAAGAUGCCAUUUUAUUGCCUUUAUUAUUAUAGACGGGCCCACCAGCUUCGGCCCAAUGAUUCUCGUAUGCUGGUCGCUUUAGGAGAAUGUUAUGAGAAACUCAAUCAACUAGUGGAAGCCAAAAAGUGCUAUUGGAGAGCUUACGCCGUGGGAGAUGUGGAAAAGAUGGCUCUGGUGAAACUGGCAAAGCUUCAUGAACAGUUGACUGAGUCAGAACAGGCAGCCCAAUGUUACAUCAAAUAUAUCCAAGAUAUCUAUUCGUGUGGGGAAAUAGUGGAACACUUGGAGGAGAGCACUGCUUUCCGCUAUCUGGCCCAGUAUUAUUUUAAGUGCAAGCUGUGGGAUGAAGCUUCAGCUUGUGCCCAAAAGUGCUGUGCAUUCAAUGAUACCCGGGAAGAAGGUAAGGCCUUGCUCCGGCAAAUCCUACAGCUUCGGAACCAAGGCGAGACUCCCUCCACCGAGAUGCCUGCUCCCUUUUUCCUCCCUGCUUCACUGUCUGCUAACAACACUCCCACACGCAGAGUUUCUCCACUCAACCUGUCUUCAGUCACACCAUAGUUGGCUACUUUCAAGCCAGCACAUUGCCAGACCCAUAU